UGUUCUAGUGUAUCAGAAAGUCGCUGGUACGCCGACGAGAAAGGAGACACGGCUAGUCACAAUAUUCAGUUUUAACGUUGAUUUUUCUUGAUUUACAUAUUUCACUAUGACGAACACCGAAGUUAGUGAAGUGAAACCCCCUAAGGAGAAGGUAGAGAAGAAAAAGGACGAGGAGAAAACCGAACUUUCGGAGGAGGACAAAUUAUUGCAAGAUGAGCUCAAUAUGCUGGUGGAGCGGCUGCAGGAAAAUGAUGCUACCUUGUACAAGCCUGCCUUGGAAAGUUUGCGCUCCCAGAUCAGAGCCUCAACCACAUCUAUGACAAGUGUUCCCAAGCCUUUGAAGUUUAUGCGUCCCCAUUUUGAUACUAUGAAAGUAAUUUAUGAGAAAAUUACAGAUGCUAUUACUAAGGAGCUUUGUGCGGACGUUGUAUCUGUUUUAGCCAUGACUAUGAGUGAUGGUAGAGAUUGUUUAAAGUACCGUCUGCUUGGCACCAAGAAAGAAAUUGCGAACUGGGGUCACGAGUAUGUAAGGCAUUUAUCUGGUGAAAUAGCAGCUGAGUGGGCUGAACUCCCCAUUGGUGACACUCAGGCUCGCGACCAUUUAGUGGAACUUGCUGGUGAAAUCAUUCCCUAUGAUAUGGCCCACAAUGCUGAGGCUGAUGCUUGUGAUCUUCUCAUGGAAAUUGAACGCUUAGAUUUAUUACAGCAGUAUGUCGAUGAAAGCGCUUACCCUCGUGUAUGUCUGUAUUUGACAAGCUGUGUCCCUUAUGUGCCAGAUCCUGAGAACACCACUCUUUUAACAACAGCUCUAGACCUCUUCAGAAAAUUCAAACAAUUUCCCCAGGCAUUGCGCCUUGCGUUGCAGUUAAAUAAUCAUUCUCUGAUUGAGGAAAUUUUCACAUCUUGUCCAGAUUUAGCUAUUCAGAAGCAACUGGCUUUUAUGCUUGGUAGACAACAAAUCUACCUUGAGCUUAAUGAGAGCACUCCUGAAUAUGAUGAGCUAAUGGAAAUCAUGUCAAAUGGCCACUUGAACAAUCACUUUUUGAACUUGGCUCGUGAGUUGGACAUCAUGGAAGCUAAAACACCUGAAGAUGUUUAUAAAUCCCAUUUGGAUGCCAGGCCUCAAUUUGGAGGUGGACAAGUGGAUUCUGCUCGUCAGAAUUUAGCUGCAAGCUUUGUCAACGGGUUUGUCAACACAGCCUUUGGACAGGAUAAGCUUCUAAAAGCUGAGGGGAACAAAUGGAUGUAUAAAAACAAGGAACAUGGUAUGCUCAGUGCUACUGCAUCACUGGGUUUGAUUCUCUUGUGGGACGUUGAUGGAGGCCUUACUCCUAUUGACAAGUAUUUGUAUUCCUCAGAAGAUUACAUUAAGUCUGGUGCUCUUCUGGCUUGUGGUAUUGUCAAUUGUGGUGUAAGAAAUGAGUGUGAUCCUGCACUUGCUCUGUUGUCUGAUUAUGUCCUUCAUCAAAGCAAUGUAAUGAGGAUUGGAGCAAUCAUUGGUCUUGGUCUGGCUUAUGCUGGUUCCAACAGAGAGGCCGUUCUUAGUCUCUUGACUCCUGUUUUGAGUGAUCCUAAGUCUACAAUGGAGGUUGUUGGAUUAGCUGGAAUGGCUUGUGGAAUGAUUGCUGUUGGCUCCUGCAAUUCUGAUGUGACCAGUGCUAUUAUGCAGACACUAAUGGAAAGAACUGAAGCCGAAUUAAAAGAUACUUAUGCCAGGUUCCUUCCUCUUGGUCUUGGAUUGUGCCAUUUAGGACGUCAAGAGGCUGCAGAAGCUAUUAUUGCUGCACUUGAAGUUAUUCCUGAACCAUUCAAGUCAAUGGCAACAACCCUUGUAGAGGUGUGUGCUUAUGCUGGCACUGGCAAUGUAUUAAAGAUUCAACACUUGCUUCACAUCUGCAGUGAACAUCACGAGCCAAGUGACAAGGAGGAAACAAAAGACAGCAAGAAAGAUGAUAAAAGCAAGAAGGAUGACAAAAAAGAUGACAAGGAAAAAGAUUUCACAUCAAAACAAGCUGUUGCUGUGCUCGGUAUUGCACUUAUUGCCAUGGGUGAAGACAUCGGCUCUGAAAUGGCAUACAGAUCCUUUGGCCACUUGCUGCGAUACUGUGAACCUGCAAUCAGACGUGCUGUUCCUUUGGCACUAGGGUUAAUCUCUGUGUCAAAUCCAAAGUUGUCAAUCUUGGACACCCUUAGUAAAUUCUCUCAUGACAGUGAUGCAGAGGUAGCUCAUAAUUCAAUCUUUGCUAUGGGCUUAGUAGGUGCUGGCACCAACAACGCAAGAUUGGCAGCUAUGUUGCGUCAGCUUGCACAAUUCCAUGGCAAAGAUCCAAACAACCUAUUUAUGGUGCGCAUUGCUCAGGGUCUUGUCCAUCUUGGCAAAGGUACUCUCACGCUUAGUCCAUACCACAGUGACAGACAGCUCCUCUCACCAGUAGCUCUAGCUGGUCUCCUAUCUACCCUUGUUAGCUUCCUUGAUGUUAAAAAUAUUAUUUUGGGGAAAUCACAUUAUUUGUUGUAUACUUUGGCUGCUGCUAUGCAACCAAGGAUGUUAGUCACAUUUGAUGAGGAAUGUAAUGCUCUAGCUGUUCCUGUGAGAGUUGGUUUGGCUGUUGAUGUUGUGGGACAGGCAGGAAAACCCAAAACCAUCACUGGAUUCCAGACACACACCACGCCUGUUCUUCUUGCUCACGGGGAAAGAGCAGAGCUGGCAACUGAUGAAUAUAUUCCCCUCUCCCCCAUCAUGGAAGGCUUUGUAAUCCUACGCAAAAAUCCUGACUUUGAACCUUAAAUCUCAAGCUUCAUGCUGUAAUUUUUAAUGGCAAGUUUAACCUAAAAUUUGUAUUUUGGAGUUCUUAUUUCUAUCCCACUAAAAUAGACUACCAUUUUCAAAUUGAAAUGCCUUUCAGGUUGUACAUUCAAAACACUCAUGUGACUGAUCUUUUCAUUUUGUGCAAUGUUCAAAUUUAAAGAGAAUCAUCUAAUGUAUAUGAUCAGAUAAGGCAAUCACUCUUAGACUAUGUAUUAUUAUUAUGUUUGAGUAUUUUUACUUUGUACAAAACUUCAUUAAUUAAAAACCUAAGUGACCACUCA